CCCCUCCAAAAUCAAACCGCAAUGAAGGAGAGUAAUGGUGGAGAAGACGACGUAGACCCUACUCAGCAGCACCCACUCCCUCUCCGUCCCUCCCUCGCAGUCCCCAGAUCAAUGCUCAUUUCUCGAUAGUCAAUAAAAAUAUAAUAAUACAGAACAGAGGCCCCACUCCAUUACUCACUUUGCCGCUUAACAUUGACGCACUCGCAUCCACACACACUCACUUGGAUCUCUCUUCUCUCACCUCACCCAAAAAUGCCGAUCUUCUCGAACCACGUGCGCCUUUCGUCGUCGCUCCUCCAACGGCUCAAGAGGCACGUGACUGCCGGGGUGCACCGAUCUUUCACCACCACGGAAGGGAACCGCCCUACCAUCGUCCACAAGCGCAGCCUCGACAUUCUCCACGAUCCUUGGUUCAACAAAGGAACAGCUUUUUCUAUGACAGAGCGUGAUCGUCUUGAUCUACGAGGACUGCUUCCUCCAAAUGUUAUGUCUCCCAAUCUACAGAUUGAACGAUUCAUGGUUGAUCUGAAGAGACUUCAAGUUCAAGCAAGAGAUGGACCUUCUGAUCCUAAUGCAUUGGCCAAAUGGCGGAUACUCAACCGAUUGCAUGAUAGAAAUGAGACUAUGUACUAUAAGGUUUUGAUUGCAAACAUUGAGGAAUAUGCACCAGUAGUGUACACUCCAACAGUUGGGCUUGUAUGUCAGAACUAUAGUGGAUUGUUUAGAAGGCCAAGAGGAAUGUACUUUAGUGCUGAGGAUCGCGGAGAAAUGAUGUCUAUGGUCUAUAACUGGCCCGCUGAGCAGGUUGAUAUGAUUGUUGUUACUGAUGGGAGCAGAGUUCUGGGACUUGGAGAUCUUGGAGUUCAUGGCAUUGGCAUUGCCAUUGGGAAGCUUGAUCUGUAUGUUGCAGCUGCUGGGAUAAAUCCUCAAAGGGUUCUUCCUGUCAUGAUUGAUGUUGGUACUAACAAUGGGAAGUUACUCAAAGAUCCCUUGUAUUUGGGAUUGCAGCAACACCGCCUUGAUGGGGAUGACUAUGUUGCUGUUGUGGAUGAAUUCAUGGAGGCUGUCUUUACUCGCUGGCCAAAUGUGAUUGUGCAGUUUGAAGAUUUUCAAAGCAAGUGGGCAUUUAAGUUAUUACAGCGGUACAGAAAUACCUACAGAAUGUUCAAUGAUGAUGUGCAGGGAACUGCUGGUGUUGCAAUUGCUGGACUUCUAGGUGCUGUAAGAGCACAAGGGAGGCCAAUGAUUGACUUCCCAAAGCAGAAGAUUGUUGUUGCUGGUGCUGGAAGUGCUGGAAUUGGGGUUCUCAAUGCUGCAAGAAAAACAAUGGCAAGGAUGUUGGGGAAUAAUGAGAUUGCUUAUGAGAGUGCAAAGAGUCAAUUUUGGGUCGUUGACGCAAAGGGGUUAAUCACUGAAGGACGGGAAAAUAUUGAUCCAGAUGCCCUACCUUUUGCAAGAAAUUUGAAAGAAAUGGAUCGUCAAGGACUCAGGGAAGGAGCAAGCCUUGUGGAAGUGGUCAAGCAAGUGAAGCCUGAUGUCCUUCUGGGAUUAUCUGCUGUUGGAGGAUUAUUCUCAAAAGAGGUAUUAGAGGCCCUCAAGGAUUCAACAUCAACAAGACCAGCUAUAUUUGCCAUGUCAAAUCCAACAAAGAAUGCUGAAUGCACCCCUGAAGUAGCAUUCUCCAUAUUGGGUGACAACAUUAUUUUUGCAAGUGGAAGUCCGUUCAGGGAUGUGGAUCUUGGAAAUGGUCGCAUUGGCCACUGCAACCAGGGAAACAACAUGUACCUCUUUCCAGGCAUUGGUCUUGGAACACUCUUGUCUGGUUCUAGAGUCAUCUCCGAUGGUAUGCUACAGGCUGCUGCUGAGCGUUUGGCAGCAUAUAUGAGUGAUGACGAGGUCAUCCAAGGGAUUAUUUUCCCCUCAAUAUCCAGAAUUCGAGAUAUCACGCAAGAGGUAGCUGCUGCUGUUAUUAAGGAAGCUGUGGAGGAGGAUCUAGCUGAAGGACACAAUGGCAUGGAUGCUCGAGAGCUCCGCAAACUCAGUCAGAAUGAAAUUGUGGAAUAUGUGAAGAAGAACAUGUGGAAUCCAGAGUACCCGACACUAGUUUACAAGCAAGAUUGAGUAAUCAACUUGGUUGAUUACUGCAAUUUCUCCCAUGAAACAAGUAUGCUUCGAUCAGUUUCACCGUUGCACUGCUUAGGGCAGAAGCAACGUUGCAGAUUUAAUUCAUUAAGUUCUCUAAUAGUUUUCUCUUGAUUUCUGGAUCUAUCUUGAAAUUUUAUGUACAAAACUAUAGACAUCCAACAAGAAACAUAUGGUUGAUGUUAAGCACUUAGCUAUAAAACUUUGUGAUCAUUUUUACCUAAUAUUUCAAGUUAGAGAGAGAGAGAGAGAGAGAGAGAGAG